AAAGAUGUGUUCCUUAUUUUAUCACUAGUGGAUACAAAGAAUGUCGACGGAAUGUGUAAUGAUUUGUGCUAUAGAUCUUGGCACAUCGUAUUCCGGGUAUGCUUUUGCCCCCAGACAAAAUCUCACAAACAAUGGGUGUGAUAUUUACUCCAGCCACUGGGAGAGCGAUCUGCUGUCUCACAAGACACCCACGGCCAUCUUACUGGACCCCAUCAUGAAUUUCCAGGUCUUCGGACAUGAAGCGAAUACUAAAUUUGCCAAAUUAGCCGAAGAUGAAAAAGAUGCAGAUUGGUUUUAUUUCAAAGACUUCAAAAUGGAUUUAUAUGAUAAGGAUUUAACUGAAAGUUCAAUGAUCCAAGAUAUCCACGGAAAAUACGCAUCAGCCCUAAAAAUAUUUGCAGAAUCUUUAAAAUUCCUCCGAGGACACUUUCUUGACAUGCUUCAAGGGCGUAACAUGGGUGUAAUGGAGGAAUUCAUCUUCUAUGUGGUGACGGUCCCAGCGAUAUGGAGUGAUGCAGCAAAGCAGUUCAUGAGAGAGGCUGCCGUCAUGGCGGGAAUGUGUCGACAACGUCUUGCAUUGGCUCUUGAGCCCGAGGCCGCAGCACUUUACUGUAAGCGGCUUACACCAGACAGAACUGUCCAAAGGGAGGAACCUCCUGAAUUCGUGGUAGAUCAGCCAUAUGUUGUUAUCGAUUUAGGUGGUGGAACUUCAGACAUCACAGUUCAGAAAGUUUCGGCGGCAGGCAAGUUUCAGAACCUGUAUAAGGCCUCGGGGGGACCGUGGGGAGGAAACAAAGUCAACAAAUGCUUCCUUGAACUAUUUGUCAAACUUUUUGGGGAUUCCAUAUUCCAUGAAUUCUGUAAAAAUAAUAUGGAUGACUUCUUUGAUUUGUUACAGAUUAUUGAAAUAAAGAAGAGAUUGAUUUCUGAAGACAGAAACGAAACGAUAUCACUCGACAUUCCCAAUUCACUUAUGGAUCUCUAUGCCAAAAGUUUAGAAACGGCAAUAAAAAACGCAGAAUUGGAUGAAACAAUUAAGGCAAGGAAGAGAAAUAAGAUAAACGUUAGUUGUUCUUAUUUCCAAGAUCACUUUAAGGAAAUAUGUGAUAAAACUAUAAAUUUAGUAAAGACCAUUAUAAAGGAAAAUGUUCAGUGUCAACAAAUAAAAACGUUAAUAAUGGUUGGAGGAUUUUCGGAAUCAAAGAUGGUGCAAAGUAUAUUCAGAGAGAGUUUCCCGGGAUAUGACGUCAAGAUUCCUUUAGACGCAGGAUUGGCUGUUUUGAAGGGUGCAGUGAUUUUUGGAUAUGAUAGCAGUGUAAUCCAAACUCGAAUGUGUCCAUACACGUACGGAAUAGCAGUUCUUAAAAAAUUCAAUCCCCAUGUCCAUGAUGUAUCCAAAAGUUUCCUAGAAGACGGACAAUGGAGAUCUGAUGAUUGCUUUGAAAAGUUUUUUGAAGUAGAUGAACCUUUAGCCAUUGGUACAAAACGAUCUAUCAGUGUUAAUAUCAGUCAUGUGGGUGAAGAUCGUCAAAAAGACAGAAGAGAGCACAAGGAAAUCGAGGUGUUCUCGUCCUCGCUUCACUCGCCUCUGUAUACGACCGACCCCACAUGUAGGUCUCAUGGUUUGAUAAGCGUGUACCCACCGGGAGGGGAGUGGCCUGUUUAUGUCAGAGGACGUGUAGAAAUAGAAGUCACGGGAACAGAUUGUUUCAGCAUCUCGUAUAUUGACGAAAUAACGCAACAAACAACUUCCGGAACAAUCGACUUCCUGAAGAAAACUACAUGAUGCUCUCGACCAACCCCCAACUCCCCAUUCUAUAUCUAAACGUUCAAGGAAUGUCCUCAUUUGUUACUUUGCCAGUUUCUUGUCAAAUAAUUUGUACAGUCGUAUUACAUGGAAGGUAUAAUCGGACGAAGUAUCCAUCAACAAGUUCAGCCCUUGAUUUACCUUGCUUUCUAGCUAGCGGCAGAAUUACUUGUUCUCCACGCUUCGACUAUUUAUAUUAUAUGACCACGUGACAACCCUAAAAUCGAAUACUCACCAAGAAUAAUCAUAAAUAGUGUAACUUAGUGACAUAAUUUACACCCCUCGAGACCUUCAUCAGCCUUUGACUCUCCAUGAAUGAAAGUAACAAUUGUUUAUUGUUAAUUUAUCGUCUAAAUACUAGUAUCGAAAUGUCGAGUUGAAGCUCAUAGCAAGUGUUUUAAAUAAAUUCUGCUUAAUGGGAAUAUAAAAACAGGACAGCUGGUAAAGGAGCACAAUUACGUGUCAUUUUGAAUAUCAGCUGUUUGUUGGAAAGCCUUGUCUCCCAAGACUAAAUAAAUACUUUCAAUUAAAUACUUUCCAUGAGAUCUCCAGCAUGAUUUUAAUAUCAACUUUGAAGUACCUGUUUAUACAAUUAGAGUGACUUUUCAGAGAGUAAUUUUGUUGAUUUAUCAUUACCAAUCAUAAGAUAGAAAAAUGUUCGACUUCUAUUUUAUUGA